CCCGGCCGCGGGGCGCCCGGCUCCUGCCCUUUUCUUUCCCCCGUGCCCGCCUGCCAAGGAAAGGCACAUGUUAAUACCACCCGGCGCGGGCAUUUUCUGCUACUGCUGCUGCGGGCUCCUCCGUCCGAGACAGAUGUUGCGAAACCAAGGCCUCCUCAAGUGCCGCUGCCGCAUGCUCUUCAAUGACCUGAAGGUCUUCCUGCUGCGGAGACCCCCCGCGCCGCCGCCGCCCUCCCCGCCGCCGCCGCUCCCCAUGCCCGGCGGCGCAGAGGCGGCGGCGGGGGCCGCACCGCCCGGGGGGCGCGGGCCCGGCUGGCGGGCGGCGGGCGGCGGCGGCGGCGCGGGCAGCCCGGCCGCCGAGGAGUGGGGCAGCCCCGCCGGGGAGCCGCCCGCCUCCCUGCCCAGCAGCACCUCCUCGGAUGACUUCGGCAAGGGCAAGGCCGAGGACCGCUACUCGCUGGGCAGCAGCGUCGACAGCGGCAUCCGCACCCCGCUCUGCAGGAUCUGUUUCCAGGGGCCCGAGCAGGGGGAGUUGCUGAGCCCGUGUCGAUGCGAUGGAUCUGUGAAGUGCACGCACCAGCCAUGUCUGAUCAAAUGGAUUAGCGAGAGAGGCUGCUGGAGCUGUGAGCUGUGUUACUACAAGUAUCACGUCAUUGCCAUAAGCACAAAGAACCCUCUGCAGGUAAAGUGGCAGGCCAUCUCUCUGACGGUCAUUGAGAAGGUUCAGAUAGCAGCGGCCAUCCUGGGUUCCCUCUUCCUCAUCGCCAGUAUCUCGUGGCUCAUCUGGUCAACCUUCAGUCCUUCAGCCAAGUGGCAGCGCCAGGACCUGCUCUUCCAGAUCUGCUAUGGAAUGUACGGCUUCAUGGACAUUGUCUGUAUAGGUCUAAUAAUACACGAAGGGCCCUCGGUUUACCGGAUUUUUAAACGGUGGCAGGCGGUCAAUCAGCAGUGGAAAGUGCUGAACUAUGACAAAACAAAGGACAUGGAGGAGCAAAAAACAGGGACCAGGACAAAUCAGCGCCCCUCCUCCCAAACCACCCACUCGUCCUCCACUGGUGGUACAGCCACUAACUCCGCUCCAGCCGACAGCGGGGCACGGGCUGCCGGCCAUGCCACAGGCACCCUCUCUGACCACCACUGUGCUUAUACCAUCCUGCAUAUACUCAGCCACCUGAGGCCUCACGAACAGAGGAGUCAGUCUAGUAGUAACAGAGAGCUCGUCAUGAGGGUCACGACGGUCUGAGCAGAGGAAUUCAGGAGGCCUUAACACGAAGCGGAGGAGACAAAGAACUCAUAAAGCAGAGGAGCAUGGUGUGCCUUUUUCUUUCUCUUUCCUUUUAUUUUUUCUUUUUUUCUUCUCUUCUUUUCUUUUUUCAGUAACUGCACAAGAUAUAAGAGGCGGCACCUGGCCAGCUAAGGAAAAAAGCAGGUGGAGGGAGAGCUGCACACUCAUGCUAAAGAGGUUAAUGUUUUCCAGCCUGUUUAAAAAAAAAAAAAAAAAAAGAAAAAAAAAGAGAAAAAAAUAACAACACAAAUCACAAAAAAACCAACAAAACAAGUGCAAUACAGACUACAAACUGAGUAGGCAGAGUUCUGGGGAAGCAGAGGAACAGACGGUUGAGCAUGUCUUACAAAUCCUAUUACCUGGAAUAGGUAACGCUCUGUGCACAGCCCCCGUACACACACGCACGCGCACACAAACACACACGUAGUGUGAGAUUUAUAAAAACGUGGAAGGGAACGAAAUAUUUGGAGUGGUUUUAUUUUCCAGACUCCAAUUAACCAGGGCUAUGAGUUGUUUUGUUUCAUGAGUCACUGGAGCCUUGUUUGUUUUACUGUGGGGUACCUGAAGUGAAAUGGCUGGGGAUUUUUCAGUAUUGAUUUACAGAAGACAGAUUGAAUCAUCUCACUAAGAAAAUCUUAACAAAAUCCAGGCAUACCCAAAUUUCACCAAGAAGCCUGUUUUUUUCAUAAUGUUCCUGACAAGGGGUUUGUGAGGGUAGAACUGGGAGGGGGGAGGGUGCUCCAUAACCUUUAUUUGACGUAUAGGCAUUUUUGGCAAAUUUUGUACAAACGUUCCGCAGGUGUUUCAAGCACAAGUACUGGUGUGAUUCAUGCCUUCAUAACCCCAAAUCCAGCAUCCAGACCUUACCACCCACACACAUCAUUUUCCAUGCAGACAUUCCAGGUUAAUUUCCUUCUAUUUUACUCUAAUCACAAGAAGCUGACCCAUCUUUGGUGGGUUUCUGCUCCCUUGCUGAUUCAGACACUCAUGCAUUGGAGAUGUACCUUUUUUUUUUUUGGUGUCUGUAUCUCUGCUGCUCAAUUUGCAACAGUCUCACUCAGUCUUGUAGGCUGAUCCUUUCACAUCCAGUCUGUUAGUUUGUUACAGAGUCUAUUCCAUUCAAUCAUCCAAAAGAGAGUUAGUCUGAAGAGGGAGCACAGUUGCUGACUGACUGUGUAGCACUUCUAAUAAGUCUCCUUCUCUGGGAUAUAUCCUCGAAGGUAUCGGUUGCUCUUCAGGAACAUUCUCUUUCAAUGCACAAUGGCUGAAUCAUUUGUGGAUAUUAAAGGGACACUGUCAAGUACUUUUUAAAUAGUUUUUAGGGUUUGGGCUUUUUUUACUCUCCAUUGUUUGUAAUAUUCUCUUACAAGCUUGAAAAUAAAAUUUCUUUCCCUACCAAUUUUGUCCUUUUCCAUUUGGGCAUGUAUGGUUCUCUCCACUCACCCCAUUCCUUUCACUAUCCCUGUCCUUCUCCUCCCCACCUUUCUUCUGUGACAGGAGGAAAUCCAUAUUUCUGAUUUCCUGCUGACUAUCUUCAUUCUAUGGAGGGUAUGUCCCAACUCUAUGGGGUUAUUUUGCAACUGCCACAGAGGAAGCAUAAGAGCAAGAACCCUAGAAAUACAGAGAUUAGCUGGGAUUUUCAGGAGCAAAAGCUCAGCUAUCACAAAACAAUGACCCCAUAGUGUUCAAGCCUGAACCCAGCUCCCUCCAAAAUCAAGAUAAAGUCUUCAGCCAAACUGCACCCAUUUAGCAGCAGUGCCAAGCAACGUUGCACGAUGGCUGAAAGCAGCUGCCCUCCAUCAUCGUACCAGCACCUCUCACACCUUCUGUGAGGGCAAACGGGGGCUGCCAACUCCUCUGGCAGCCAGGCUGUCACAGGUCAGGUGUUUCUGGACUGGAGAAGGUGUCAAACUUCAGCCUCUGUGUUUGAGCAUGGCAGCCAUCCUGCAGCGUUGGGGAUGGAGGUGAGCAGCUUAAGGCAAGGUCGUAUUUUUCACCUCGAUUACUUGACAGUGUCCCUUUAAAUAUCAGAAUGCAACAGAACAGGUACUUACUUCUCUGGCAGAGAAUGUGGGAGGUGGAACACCGUCCGAGAAAGCCAGCUUACUGAGGACCAGUGUGAAACAGCAUGGUUUCUGAGGCCACUGUAUCUUUGUCUGACCAGAUUUACUAUCUACCAAAGAGUGCUUUUGGCAGAGGGGAGAAGAGAGAUGGUGGCGGGCAGAGGGAGAGGGAAGGUGCAGCUCCAGUCAUCUCUGAAAGUAGCUAUCCCCCAGAAGGAAGGUGUUGCAAUGAAUGAUCUCUGCAAGAACUGCUUCAGUAGAGAGAAACCUGGCCAAAGCAAGCAAACACAGCAGCCUCUCACUCCUUUGCCUGUUCUGGAAGCUGUCCACAUUCCGAGGGAUGAAUAAUAAUAGUGUUUUUGGGAAGGGGGAAGUAUACACAGAUGAAGGGACAGCUGUCACCCAUGAUGUCGUUUCCCUCCCUGCCCUCCACUCAUUUAACAUGGAGAAGUCAAAUUCCUUUAAUUUGGCUAACAGAUAAAAUGUUACGAGGUCAGAAGCACAACUUGCUGUGAAAGAGUGGUGUACUCUGAGCACACAGGACUCUGCAUACUCUCACUCCAGCUCUGCCACUGACUCUGUAGCCUUGGGCUGUUUGGCUCAGUCCCCCCUCCACGCCAAGGGGGAAUAACAAUACGUACCUACCUCACAGGGGUGUUGUGAGAAUCCACGUUGGUAAAGCCUGUUGAAGCGCUGAGUCUACCGCCGGUAGUGCCGAGGUGUGUGGUGGGGGUGAGCAGCGCUGCCCUUUUUUGCUGGUUACAGUGGGAUCACAGCGGGAGCCCAUCGGCCUUCUCCUCCCUGGAGACCUCCUCGCGCGGACGCGGAGGCUGUCGCCCGAGUGCCCUCUCCUCCAUUGCAUGACAUUUUAAGCGGCUGUGAGGUGCAGGAUAGUGACAGACAUGAAGUCCUACUUGACCAGGGAUUUGCUACAACGUUUUCUAUAUCUGUGGGGUUUGUUGGUUUGUUUUUUUCCAUAUAUUGUGCUUAGAAAUAAACUUUCCACUUAGGGC